AUGCUCUCCGCUGAAAGGGGGUUUAUGAAAAAGGGUUGCUUCGAGGUCGUAAAAGAGGAAGUGCAAAAGUUGUUAGACCAGAACUUUAUCACAAUGAUUCCACCUGAACAAAUUGCUCAUGAUAAACCCGAAUGGUACCUCCCAUUGCAAGCAGUGUUUACGCCAGAAAGAACCACAAAAGUUCGACUAGUCUUUGAUUCAUCUUCAAAAGGUCAUGAUGGAUUGUCCCUCAACGAUUACCUUGAGAAAGGACCUAACUUCAUCAAUAGUCUUUUGGAUGUACUGGCAGCAUGGCGAUGGGACGAAGUGGCGUUCACUGGUGACGUUCGUAAAAUGUUCAACCAAAUCCUGGUACAUCCUGAGGAUCAGGUGUACCACAGGUUUCUUUGGAGGAGCAACACACGUGACAAACCAACUGUUUACCAGUGGCUAAGACUGAACUUUGGUGAUAAACCGGCCCCUGACGUCGCAACUAAUGCUAUCAACACGCUAGCCAAGCUUUCGAACGCAGAAUUCCCGGAAGCUGCAGGAGAAAUCCGACAGCAUGUGUACGUGGAUGACAUCGGUGGCUCCAGAGAAACAGUAACCAAGGCAAAGCAGAUUAUCAGCCACAUCGACGCUGUCCUCGCGAAAGGCAACUUCCAGAUCAAAACUUGGCAUUCCAAUGAGGCAGAAAUCGACCAAUCCAACGGUGAACGGUUCACGGAUCUUCUCGGCCUAAGCUGGGAUAAACAGCUAGACACGUUCACCUUCAAAAAGAAUGACCUCGGAGAACUGGAUGUCCUGACAAAGAGGCGCUGUUUAGGUCUUGUUGGUCAGUUAUGGGACCCCAUCGGUCUUGUGCUGCCCGUCGCAAUCAAGUUCAGAAUUGACCUGCAAGGAUUAUGGAGUUCAGGUUACAGCUGGGACGACAUCCUUCCCGAGAGUAUUCAGCAAACAUGGUUAGAGAAUGUCCAGUCCAUAAAUGAUCUCCUGUCAUUUCAGUUUGACCGCAAGCUAAAACCAAAGAACGCAGUGGGCGUGCCUCAAAUUCACGGAUUCUCCGAUGGUGGUGAGCAGGCUUAUGGUGCGGUCAUCUUCCUACGGUGGAAACUUGCUGGCGGAGACUAUCGUAGUGUUCCAGUCACGAUAAAGGCUUUCGUCGCACCUCUGAAGAAGAAGAGCAUCCCGAGAUUAGAACUGUUGGGCUGUUUAGCACUUGCACGCAUGUACGUUACAUGUGUAAAAGCAUUGGAGUUCGCAAAAGCCCAGGACUGGGAAAGAUUCUUCUGGAUCGAUUCAUCAACCGUUUUGUCCUGGAUCAGAACGCCACCACGGGAAUUCAGGCCUUUCGUAUCUGCCAGAGUGGCUGAAAUUCAAGAGACGAUUGGGGCAGACCAAAUACGCUACAUCAAGUCUAACAACAACCCCGCAGACGCUCUGACGAGAGGAAUCCAUCUUAAUCAUCUCAUGAAGUGGUCAGAGGGACCAUCCUUCCUAGAGUUGCCAGAAGAAAAGUGGCCCAGCGCUGAAGACCACACCCGAGUUAACACUCAUGUGGACGACCUCGACGCUUUAAGAGAGAAGAAAACUUUUCGGAAAGAGAAGAAAGCCGGUAAACAUCACAGUGCCGCCGCGGAAGUAUGUCCUGAACUAGAUCAACCUGGAUCUGAAGAAAAUCCUAUCCUUUUACACUUGCUGAAAACGUGUUCUACGUACUCCAAGAUACGGAGAACUCUAGCCUACGUCGGUCGCUUUAUUCACAACGCUCGGAAAAUGAACCCAAAGUCAGGGCCCAUUUCAGUUCAGGAACUGAAGGCUGCCGAGACCCAUCUUCUGAAGUGGAGUCAAUUUCAUGUCAACGAAGACAGCUUGGAUAAGAAACUGGUAGCAAAGAAGGAUGAAGAUAGCCUUUUUGUGCGCAUGGUCGACUUGAAGAUGUCAGAUGUCUCCCGGAAGAGUUGA